UCACCUCGCAUUUGGUUGCAAGUAUAAAAUGCCCCGCAGCAGCCAGAAGUUAAGCGAGAUUUGCAAGGAAAAUAACCUUCUGACUGCAUUUGAAUGAUCCAAACCAACGUGGCUCAUAAUUAAGGCAACGUGCACAUUUAAAGGAGGAACCCUUCUUGGUUUCCCUCUGUAAAGGAGAGGGGCUGAUUUGCUCCAGUUUCAGCUACUUUGCUAGAAGAAAUCUCUUGACUUGUGGGUUGUGGCUUCGAUCUUGCUUUGUGUUCACAAUAACUUGACUAUUUUAGCCUGUGGAGUGAGAUGUCAUUUCCUUCGGACGUUGCGACCGACCACAGACUCUUGUUUCCUAGUCUGGCUGAUGUAAUGUGCAUCGAAGUGGAUCACUACAUGCUUUAAAAAAAGAUGAAGCUUUAACUUCUUUGCUGGACUGCCUUUGGAAAGUAGAACGAUCGAAGUAAAUCUUGGUGUACAUGAAACAGCUACCUCGCAGUUCACCCUAUUACCCUUUCUAGUUUAAUUGUCUUGCCCGAAAAUGACCUGCUGAAACAGCUGUAGGAUUUUUACGGUCUGAUUUAAGAGUCAGUUUACAGCUGGAAAAAAUAACCAUGAAUCAUCUUUAUUUUCUGUUUUGAUGAUUCUGAGUUGAACAGGAAAUAGCAGAACAUUGAAAAUCUGUGGCCUUUUACCUUUUAUUGGAGGAGAUAAAAGCCGGCGAGGAUCAUGAUGGCCAAUAAAAGAAAUCUUGAAUGCAUGGAUUCUGUCAUUUGUAGCAAGAUGCCUCGACUGGACAACAAACCCAGUGAAUUAUCAGUAGAGAUUUCUAAACCAACCCCGUUUCCCACUUAUGCACAAGAAAACUCCCUUAAAUACACUGGAUCUUAUUUAGCAUAUCAUCUUAGAAACCGAGAUGGAACCGACAACUCGGGAAUCUGGAGUCCGUCGCGAGCCUAUUUACAAAGCAUGAGUAAUCUCUCUGCCCAGUCGCGAGCUACUGAUGAUGCUCAUCUUGGCAACCGUUUGUAUCGGACUGAACCUGAAGUUCCAUCCCCAACGUAUCAGCGAUCUGCAAAUGAGAAAGAUAAACUUGAUUUGGUCAAGGACCUGAUGAACGUUCGGUCAAAGUGGGUCACUUUUGUUGAACGACAAAAGAACUUGAGGAAUGCUCAGACCCCCUCGGGUAUACACUGCCCAUCUCCCGCUGGGAAACAUACCUUAAUGGCUUCUACAUUACCUACGGUCCAUAACUGCGGAAAUGUAGCAUUUCCGCAACCUGUAUAUAGAGGUAGCAUUUGCUGCUCCGGGUCUGGUUGCCCUUUGGAAAAUUCGGCAGAUCAUUUUCACCGACGAACACGGGAAACUGAAUGGAGAAUGACAACUCCGGUUACUUCAAGCUGUUUAAUUGCAAAUAAUGAUCAAUUGAUGCAUACUCAGCAGUAUGGUAAUCCUCUUUUGAAAAAUAAAUCAUUGCCUCAUGGACAUAGCAAUGCACAGCCUAGUUCGACAGACAGAAUCUCCAAAGAAACUGGAAGCCUAGCCGGACUACAGUCACCCCUGUGCCAAGGAUAUGGUGCAUACAGUAGGAAUGUUCUUCAAGAUCCCAGAUAUUCUGUGCUACAAUACGGAAACAUGCCAAGCCAGGCAUCUAUACACAGCCUCCAUAACUUCCAAAAACCUCCUUUGCACCCAUAUUCAACAAGUGAACGGCAACAGCUGCAGCCACCGUUCUACUGUGAGAAGUUGUCACCUCCAAAGUAUCCAAUGCCAAUUCAGCCAAAAGUUGUUCACUCUCAAAACACUAUUUUAAAUCAGCAAAAUGCAGGUCCUUACUCGUUGCUGCAUCCACAUGGCUAUAGAGCACAAACAAGUGGUUGCCCGUACCCCUCAAUUCAAGGCACAGGUGGGCGGAUACCUGUAGCCACUUCAACGUUUGUAGGUCAGAUAUGCUCAGGAAACCUUUAUCAACAGCAUUCUGAGUAUCCAGUUCAUUCCCCUCCAGUGCCGAAAGGCAUCCCCCUGAAAGAUCCUUUGAUUCAACCGGGCUUGGAAUCCGGGACACAACCGAGACAGCUGGACUUACAUAGCCCCUCUCGAAAAAGUGCUCCCCCAUCUCACCACGAUCCAGCAAAUGGAAAACUGCCUUCAUCGGAUGUCCUGCUCUUCAGGCCGCGUGUUAUUGUUGAGGCACAAACAGACAAACGAUGUUACGAUUCAUUAAACUCUCUUCCCAAUAAGGAGUAUAUUGGCCAGCAUCAGCUGAUCAGCAAACACAGUGCCUUUCAACCAGUACUCUCUGGAAAACAUUUGAAGGGGGCAUUCGAGAGACCAGCUGCAGUCUCCCCUGCAGAUCAAAGACCAAAGGACAUUUAUAUGCAUGAACGGCACCCAAGCAUUGAUGGUUCACCUAUUAGUAAUCAUGGUAUUUCAACUUUCAGUAAAGAGAAUGAAAUUGUUAAUAACAAGCUGGUGGACUCUGGACAGGGUGACUCUCCAAAGAGUUACAAUAUUAGUCCAAACAGAAGAAUAUUGGAGCUUAAUUUCCAAUCUCCCACCUCUUCAAGGGAAGACAAGAGACUCUCUGCUCCUUCCCCGCCUAUGCCUGUUAUUAAUAAUGUGUUCAGUUUAGCACCUUACAGAUCAUAUCUGGAAGCCACAGGCCUGUUUUUCUCGAGGUGUCAGAAAUGUCUGUCAGAUUCCAAUAAAUCUUUACACUGUUCAUGUCCUUCAGAAAAGAAAACUAAGCAUUUUGGCUAUGCUGGAGUUGUGAACCCCGACUUACUUAAGCAAACCCCUGUACAACUUUCAAUGGGCACCAGUGAAUUACAAUGCAAAGACGCUGAAUUAAAGCAAAGCAGCACAGGGGUCACUAGCAAUGAAGACUUAUCAGGACAACAUCCAAGGAAAGCAGAAAAUGAGAAGAGUUCCACAGACAUUCAACGACAAGACGUUAAAUUGUCUCCUAACCUCAGGAUUCUAAAUGUUGGCCGUCCAUUGAGCAGCAGCUCUACAGCAAGCCAAGAAUUUGACUAUAGCACUGGAAAGCUUGGUGAGGUGACCGAAACAGAUGCCGAGUCAGCCUUAGACCUCAGCAUUAAAAAUAAAUAUCAGCCUGUGAAUGUCGCUCCGCAACAGUUCUCAGCUUCCCGCGGAUCUGAGGAAGAAUGGGAGCGUGCUGAAGAAAUGCAAGAAGAAGAGAAUGUCAGUGCCGGGGAGUCCACGAGUAAUACGGAAGGACCAAAAAGCAAAGUGGAUGACACUCAGCUCCCACUGCCUUCAGGUUCCAGCGAGUCCAGAGAGAAAUUGAAGAGCAAGGAAGUAUCAACGGAUAAGCAGCAAAAUACUGCAGAAUGUGAGAGUGAUAAGAGGAAACCAGAGGUUGAAGCACAAUCUGAUAACAAUGUGCAAACAGUAAUUAAAACCCCAGUCAUCAGCAGUGCAGUUACCCAUAGUGCCCUCACAUUGGAACUGAAUAAAUAUAAAAUACUGAGACCAAUCCCCGUGAUAAUGGAUGGACCCAAUCCUACUCUUCCAGACUCUAUUGAUGCUACAAAAUUGAGUUUAUUUGGAUCGAUUGAUCCAUUGAAAUUAUUUCUGAGACCUCUGAAGCUAAUCAUGCCGAAUGAGCCCAAAUUGGCACCGAGUCCUGUUCCAGAAUUUCGGAGGUCUCCUUGUGAAAUCCAACCCAGUGUACCCAGUAAUGGGGUAUUAAUGCCGAAUGAGAAUGACAGUUACGAUCACUUUCUGAGUCUUCAUCGGUCCCUGUGUGACAUGAUUGCGGGGUCUAUGGCGGAAACCUCUGAGGAGGUUUUGCGCGCAUGUUUACAGGACAUUGAAACGCAGAAGCAUGGCCAGGAAAAUCCUAAAUUGAGAUCUUCACUGAAGUCUAAGACUACUACGAGAAACAGUGAGGGAGUAAAGAUAUCAAAAUCUCAGGAGAUUUGGCUCGCCUAUGGGCAUGUUCAACCAACCAUGCAAAAACUGCUUUCUCAACUGGAGAUCUACCAUUUCACCAAAAACUGCCCAUUUCCCCAUGUAAUAAGGGCAGGUGCGUUCUUUAUUCCAAUAUAUUUAGUGAAGGAGAAACUCUUUCAUAGCCUCAAGGGAGCGAUGAUUGAUCAAGUUUUUCAGGAGCACAAAAUAGAACUGCGACCGACAACUCUUUCGGAGGAGAAGAAGCUACAAAGUGAGCUGAAACUACAACGAUGUUCCUCGAGACUGAUCAAGCUGCUCUCCCUUAAGCAACUGCCCGAAAUCUACCCAGACUUGUUGAAUGUUCUGUGGCAUUCUUGUGCAAAACUUCGUCUUGGUGAUCAAAAUGAGGAAGAGCUGAAGAAGAUUGCCGUCACUCCAAAUCCAGCUGGGAAGAGUAGUGAUGAAGUUCAGCAGACAGAUUCAGGUUCUGGUGAGAAGAAGAAAAAAAUGCAAAGCAGACCACCAGUUAAAAACCCAUCUUCCAUUGAAGAAAAGCCUAACGAUGGCAUUACCGUCCCCAGACUUGGUGUAAAACUAAGGAAAAGGUUACGGGAUGAUAAUGUUUCCUCAUGUGUAAAUUCCAACCCUGUAUGUAAUAAUUCAAUAAGUGGUUCAUCAUCUGCAAACAAAGUUAACCCAUUGUCAGUUGAUCACUCAGCAAAAUCUUGCCCCACAGAACCUGAGCAAAAUCCUUGUGCAGUGGAAUUGUCCAAAGACCCUCAGCCAACUCCAGAAAAACUACGCAGGGGUACCAAAGAGGUCUUGGAGGAGAGGGUGAGAAAUACUUUUGAAAAGAGGGGAAGUGCUUUGGUAGUUAAGUUGAACAGAGUGGUAAUUGAAAAGAACAGUAAUGGAACAAAUAUUCCCUGCACUGUAAAGGUCAAAGAACCCCAAAUGGUCGCAAAGAAAAAUACGGAUGCACUAAGCACGUCCAAAGUUCUCCACCUCCGUGGCUCGAUCGUGCAACUAAAGUGGCAUAAACCUGUGAAAUCUACUCCCUGCAGAAAGAUAAUAUUGAAACCAAUCACCACAAGAAAGCCUUUAUUGACUCGCAACUCACAGCGGCUGGAUCAGAAGAAAGGUUUGAAACCUCGAAGCUUAAGAAAUCAUCAGGAAAAUAAGUACCCAAAUUUAGUGGGUAAGCAUAUCAGGCAUCUGUAUGAGGAAAAUGAUAAAUCUGAGUCUUGGUAUAAAGGCGUCGUACUCAGGGUACAUGAAAAGCACGACAAUCCUUUGAAGACUGUGUAUGAAGUUAAAUAUGAGUCUGAACCUGAUUGGAAGUACUACCUUGAACUCUUGCAAGAUUAUGAAAAGGGAUGGCUGAGAGUUGAUGACUGACUAAGAAUUCUGACUCAUUCAGGUGACCACGGUGGGAAGUAAAGCAAACUUCAGGAAGGAAUUAGUAGAUAUUCUGCAUAUUGUAAGAGAACUGUAGCAAGUCUCUGUGGGGUUUGAGUUUACUAGCAAAAAAAUGAUACCUCUGCAACACUUCAUUCCAAGAUGGCAAAAUAAUGUGUGUGUUGAUUCUUCUUUUACAAUCCAAAUGUUGGUGAGACAAUAGGGCGAAUAACAUUCCUAUGAUAUCAAUUAGGGAUAAAAAGUAUACACAUUCCAAACUUAAAUUAAGGAAAGGGUUCAAAGUUCCAAGUAAAAUUAAUUUCAGCUGAAGAAGGGUCCCGUCCUGAAACAUCGCCUGUCCGUGUUUUCAUGAGAUGCUGCCAAGCUCUUCCAGCACUCUGCCUUUUGUAAACCAGCAUCUGCAAUCCCUUGUUUCUACUCUUCCAAAACUAAUUGUUGCUUAUUGGGUUUUCCCUACGAUCAGUUCUCCUCCUGUCGAAAGUACCUAUUUGUUCUUGGGCACAGCUAGCAAUUGCUAGCAACCUGCUGUACAUUCCUUUAAUGCAUUCACCUCAUUUCUCAAUGUGUGCUGUGAUAUCUCUAUAGAACUAGCUUGCAGCUAGCUGUACUUUACCAUUGGUAUGAGCACACAUACACACACACACACACACACACAUACACACACACUUGUGCGUACACACCUACCUACCAAAUGGGAGUUGCCAGGAAACCUGAUUUAUUUAAUUGUUACCUGGGGUGAUAGAGCUCAAUUUCCAUCCCUGUACCAUAUUUCUAGAGAAACGGCUAAUUAGUGGGUAGAAUAUUGAAAAUAUUUGAGCCGAUCAUUUUAAUGUGUCUAUUUCUCGGAGUUCAGUUCAACAAUGUGGAAUACAAAUUUGUUUAUAGACUUUUGAUAGGAGAGAAGCAUUGUUUUGUAACCUCCCUUCUAAAAUUACAGUGAACACUAUUAAGUUGGUUGGGUUGUGGUUAUGUUGGCAGAGUUUUACAAGUUGUGCUCCAGUACAUCAGUCUGAAGAAGGGUCUUGACCCGAAACGUCACCUAUUCCUUCGCCCCAUAGAUGCCGCCUCACCCGCUGAGUUUCUCCAGCAUUUUUGUCCACUUCCAGUGCAUAGAGUACUGUUUGGUCUCAGAUAAUAUAUAAAUUAAGAAUCAAUGAUACAGAAAUCUCAAUUUCAAUAUGUAUCACGUUAAACAAAAAUUUUGCUUGCUGAGGUCACCAUGGACAAUUUUUCAAAAACAGCAAUUGUACAUUCACAAGAUUUAAUAUUGCUGUAAAUUUGUCUCCCUUUUCCUCUUGUCAAAAAAUAACGGUGUGCAUCGUGGAGGCAAAUGUGCUCAUCUGUUGCUGCUGUACAGACUAAGAACUUGAGGCAUUGAUAACAUAAGUAGCAUAGUUACACUGGUGUUUUCUAUUUUUUUGUUAUACCUUAGUUUUGUAUCUCAGUAAGUUAAAACAAGAUUGAAAUAGUAUGUUGUUACGAACUACUUUUGUAUAAAGAUCUUAAACUAUUGAAAU